AUGGCGGCCGCUCUCGUCCAACCCAAUACCUCAGCAAGGUCUCAUGAUGGCACAAAAUCAGGAUCCAGCGUUGGAGUCUUUAACAAGAUGGAGGAGAUUGGCAGAGGCAGUUUUGCUACUGUCUACAAAGCGAUGCACAUCAAUCCCCAGCAAGAAAAAUCUCUAGUUGCCAUCAAAUCCGUAAAUCUGUCGAAGCUCAAUAAGAAACUGAAGGACAACCUCACGUCGGAGAUUGCAAUUCUCAAAGGCUUACACCAUCCACACAUCGUUGCCCUUAUUGAUUGCAAAGAAUCAAGCGCUCACAUACACUUGGUUAUGGAAUACUGUGCUUUAGGGGACUUGUCUUACUUCAUCAAAAAGAGAGACACUGUGGGAAACAAUCCGAUGACGAGAGACAUGAUGCAGAAAUAUCCAAAUCCACGGGUUGGUGGUCUGAAUGAGGUGGUCGUCCGGCACUUUCUACAACAGCUUUCCAGUGCCUUAUCAUUUCUCCGGUCUCAGAACCUGAUUCAUCGAGAUGUAAAACCCCAGAAUUUAUUGCUCAAUCCUUCUCCACUGUACUAUGCGAAAGAAAAGCCAGAGAUGAUGCCAUUUUCGGUGGACGACAGUUCACUUCUUCCCGUUUGCGGCAUAAAAUCAUUACCUAUGCUGAAGAUCGCCGACUUUGGCUUCGCCCGUUCUCUACCCUCAACUUCCCUGGCAGAGACUCUCUGCGGCUCCCCGUUGUACAUGGCCCCCGAAAUACUUCGGUACGAAAAGUAUGAUGCAAAGGCAGAUCUUUGGUCUGUAGGAACCGUUCUCUAUGAAAUGGUUACGGGGAAGCCCCCGUUUCGAGCCUCGAAUCACGUCGAACUGUUGAGGAGGAUCGAAAAAGGGGAAGACCGGAUCAAAUUUCCAGAUGAAGUCAUCGUGUCUGAUGCUAUGAAGAAGCUGAUUCGGAGUUUGCUAAAGCGAGACCCAAAGGAGAGGUCUUCCUUUCCAGGUUUCUUCAGCAACGAGGUGAUCCUCGACCCAAUCCCCGGCUUAAUUGGCGAAGACCGGCCGCCGGAAAAGACCUCUGUGUCCCAGGCUCGUGAUAACGAGCGGCGGAGAGUAAGCUUGACUGAUCCUGUCGGGCUUGUUCGGAAAGACAGCAAAGGUCAGGAAAGACGGCCAUAUUCCAGGUCACAAAAUACUUCGCAAGAAACCCUUCAAUCUCAGUCGCCGCUUCCGAGGACUCCUCAACGCCAACCAGCUGCAGUUUUGGGACGUCCAGUCGCUGUGCGAGCAUCAACCGAGCAAGAGCAAAUCGAUUCAAGGCCUGUUGGACGACUGACAUCAAGCCCUACGCAGCUCCAGCGACCUACCCUGACAUCGCAUGCAACCGCUCCGGUACGCCCCGAGCUUCAGCAACAGAGUGCGGACUCGGCUGCACCUGUGGAGCCUGGGUUGAGUCGGGGUAGUCCUCUUGCAAAUCCUUCGCUCCUGCGAGCACAAGUAGAAGGGGACGAGAACGCACCAACAGCACGUUCCAACGAGGAAAAAGAAAAGGAACGAGCCGCGCAAGAUAUUGCCUUUGAGAGAGAUUAUGUCAUGGUUGAAAAACGAGCAGUAGAGGUGAAUGCAUUUGCGGAUGAGCUGGCUGCCAGCCCUAAGAUCCAACGCGGUGCUCGACAGAAUCUCUCGCCUCAAUCCGGCGCCAUGGUCCGUCGGGCAACCACGCCAGGAGCGCCAACCUUGACAACUGGAGCCCAGCCAGUCUCUUCUAAAGCAGUACAGAUCGCCGCUAGCAAGGCGAGGCCUGAUGCUUUACACCACCGUCAGAGCUCUUUCGAAAGACGCUAUGCUCCAAGUCCGAACUCCGCAUCAUCUGCAAUCUCCAAAGCGUUGAACCUGGCGAGUGGUCGGUUAUUUGGUGUUGGUUUUUCUCCACCGCUGUCGUUGGGACGGGGUGGCAGGUCUCCUCCCGGUGGCUAUAAUGCCUUUCCAGCCUACCCUGUACCACAAGGCAGUCUGGUACUUGUGGGCGACCGCCAAAAAGUCACCCUUGACGAGGAUACAAAGUUCGUGCAAACGAUCGAAGAAUGUGCAACCCGGAGUGAUGUCGUGUAUGGUUUUGCUGAAGUGAAGUAUCAGCAAUUGAUUCCGUCCGCCCCUUCUGCCAAGACUGGGCUCGGCCUCCGACAAGCGAUGACCUCGCUAGAAAAUGCUGAAAACGGUGAUUCUGGUGGACCAGUUGUGCUCGAGAUUGAGGCCAGGGUGAAUGUGUCGGAGGAAGCACUGGUCUUGUACGUCAAAGCUCUGUCACUACUGGCCAAGUCAAUGGAUAUUGCUGGGCGUUGGUGGGCGCGGAAGAAUCGUGGAGAGAUACUCGGAGACACCCCCUCGCAACGGUCUCAUAUUGUGUCUCCAACCAAUCAAGGGAUGGGCAUUCGUGUCAACAAUGUGGUUCAAUGGAUUCGGACCCGAUUCAAUGAGGUGCUGGAGAAAGCGGAAGUAGUACGACUGACUCUUAUUGAGAGUCAGAAGAAGUUGCCUCCAACCCAUCCAAGCCACCCAAACAACCACUCGAUGGAAGCCGCCUCUAGCGACAGUAUGGGCACCUCCGUUGAUCACGUUGUAGUCAGUUCUGGGGUGACCGCAGAGAAGAUCAUGUAUGACAGGGCGGUAGAAAUGAGUAAGACUUCUGCCAUCAAUGAGCUCACAGGAGAAGACCUUUCAGCUUGCGAAAUCAACUACUUGACCGCAAUCCGACUUUUGGAAGCAGUUCUAGAAGACGAUGACGAUGCCUCCUCUACGAAGUCCAGCAGCACUUCUGAUAAGGGACGUAAGGCCAGUGCUGAUGAAGAUGAUGUGCCCAUCAAUGGGUUGGAGGCAGAGGACCGAAAGGCUGUCCGGAAUUUGGUUUCAAGCAUACGGGCUCGUCUCAUUUCUUUACGAACGAAGUUGCAGACUAUGCAGAAACGUGCUUCUACACCAACAAACGGUGCUGUGCCCAAGAGUACAGCUAUUCCACAUCGUCCAAGUCCCCCUAUGGCAUCGACCUCGCCGAAUUUGUGA